AGGAGGAGGAGGCGGCGGCAGAAGCAGCGGCGGCGGCGGCCAAAGGCAGGCGCCCACCAUGUGAGAGGCCCGCUCGCCGGCCCGCCGGAGCCGCGCCGCCUCCCCGCAGCAGCUCCUCCUCCUCCUGGUGGCCGGGCUGCCGGCAGGCAAAGAUGCUCAGCCGGCUAAUGAGCGGCAGCAGCAGGAGCCUGGAGCGCGACUACAGCUGCACCGUCCGCCUCCUGGACGACAGCGAGUACUCCUGCACCAUCCAGAGAGAUGCAAAAGGGCAGUACCUCUUCGACCUCCUUUGCCAUCACCUGAACCUGCUGGAGAAGGACUACUUUGGGAUCCGCUACGUGGACCCCGACAAGCAACGGCACUGGUUGGAAUUCACAAAGUCUGUUGUGAAGCAAAUGCGAUCACAGCCUCCGUUCACCAUGUGCUUCCGGGUGAAGUUCUACCCUACCGACCCUGCGGCCCUGAAAGAGGAAAUCACCAGGUAUCUCGUCUUCUUGCAGAUCAAAAGAGAUCUCUAUCACGGCCGCCUCCUGUGCAAGACAUCAGACGCUGCUCUGUUAGCUGCCUACAUCCUUCAAGCGGAGAUUGGCGACUAUGACCCCGGAAAGCACCCUGAGGGCUACAGCUCCAAGUUCCAGUUCUUUCCCAAGCAUUCAGAAAAGCUGGAAAGGAAGAUUGCGGAGAUCCACAAGAUUGAGCUCAGUGGUCAGACACCAGCUACUUCAGAGCUAAACUUUUUAAGGAAAGCCCAGACCCUGGAGACGUACGGAGUUGACCCACAUCCAUGUAAGGAUGUGUCUGGAAAUGCUGCUUUUUUGGCCUUCACCCCGUUUGGGUUUGUUGUCCUGCAAGGAAACAAGCGAGUCCACUUCAUCAAAUGGAACGAAGUGACAAAAAUGAAAUUUGAAGGCAAGACGUUCUAUUUAUAUGUAAGUCAGAAAGAGGAAAAGAAAAUUGUUCUGACAUAUUUUGCUCCAACUCCUGAAGCCUGCAAGCACCUCUGGAAAUGUGGGAUUGAAAAUCAAGCCUUUUAUAAGUUGGAGAAGUCAAGCCAAGUCCGCACUGUGUCCAGCAGUAAUCUAUUUUUCAAAGGGAGUCGGUUCCGAUACAGUGGCCGAGUUGCAAAAGAAGUGAUGGAGUCUAGUGCCAAGAUCAAGAGGGAGCCUCCAGAAAUACACAGGGCAGGGCUGGUUCCUAGCCGUAGCUGUCCUUCCAUCACUCAUGGGCCACGGCUAAGCAGCGUCCCCAGAACUCGAAGGAGAGCUGUGCACAUCUCUAUCAUGGAAGGGCUUGAGUGUUUGCGGGACAGUGCCCACUCCACCCCGGUACGGUCAGCCUCCCACGGCGAUGCCUUCCUGCCGCAUUCACGGGCCUACCGGGCCGAGAGCAGCGAGCGUGUGGCCAUCAUUUCGGACGAGAUCUACAGUCCCUCGGACAGCGUCCUUCCCACGCCGGUAGCUGAGCAGAGCCUUGAGCUGAUGCUGCUCUCCAGGCAGAUCAACGGAGCCCCUUGCAGCAUAGAGGAAGAAAAGGAAUCUGAGGCCAACACGCCCACGGUGGCCGAGGCCGAGGAGCUGGGGAGGGAGCUCCGAGCCUUGUGCCAGGGUGUGGGCAGCGGUGGCGGAGCCCAAGCAGAACAGGUGAAUAAGUUUGUUUUCAGUGUCCUCCGUUUGCUCCUUGUGACCGGUGGGCUCCUCUUUGUUUUGCUCCUCCUCCUGAUCAUCCUUACCGAGUCUGACCUUGACAUUGCCUUUUUCCGUGAUAUUCGCCAGACCCCCGAGUUUGAACAAUUCCAUUAUCAAUACUUUUGUCCCCUCAGGCGAUGGUUUGCCUGCAAAAUCCGCUCCGUGCUCAGCCUACUCAUUGACACCUGAAGGCAGGACUCCUCCUAGUAACUAGCCAGGUGGAUUGCAGAAGAUCCCUGCUACCCAUUCCCAGAAAAAUGGGACACAUCGUGGCACCAUCGGCACAUAAAAUAAGUCCUCCUUUCAUGAAUCAAAGUAAACAGCGGCCUAGGAGAGUUGUUUCCAAGCAGAAGAAAGGGAUGACUUUCUCACAUGCGCCAGAUUCAAACAAUGCCCAUUUCUUUACACGUCCUCUUCCUGGAAGUGUCUUCAACUGGUUUGCUUUCCAACUUUUAAAUUAUUCUGCACUCUUCCAAGUUUAAUUUUAAGCUUUCCUAGAGGUGGCCAUUUCAAAAAUUUCAAGUAAAGAGAGUUUAUUUUAUUACUAUUGAUUAUUGCAUUAAGUGCCAGCCUCCAGCUAGGACACUAGUUCAAGAAGGCAGCGUCAUUUUAUGCAGGAGCUUUUGUAAUGGUGCUACUGAGUUGUAACUUUAGUAUUUUAUUAUUUUAUUAAAACUGCCACUGUGUACAGCACUACCACCUUAAACAUAGUCUUGCUAUUUUACCAAUCAAACUUCUGGCUUAAUCUGGAAUUUUGAAGGUGGGAGCAGGGGGGAUUAAGGUUCUGACACCAUAUGGUCACCCAAACACACUCAAUUCUUUAUAAGCAAUAGGUAAGGCACGAGACAAGGAGGCAGCAAUGAGGUGUAAAUCUAAUUCUUCCCCCUAGCGUUGAAAAGUGUGACUAGGAGAAACCUGUCCUUUGUGAAUUUCAACUUCUGACCUUUAGGAUCCCAGAAAUGCAGUUUUUCUUAGAGCAGUAAAGUCCCCAUAUAAAGCAAGAGUUAGUAUAUGGGGGAAAUAAAUAUAUGUAUUUGAUUAUACUUGACCGAGUCUUGCUGUAUUAAGUAGUAGUGAUCAUAUCCAAUUUCUUUGAAAGACAUUUUGCCUCAGAAAGCUGUACUUGUUUUUGUACUACAAAAGAACAAACUUGUUUCAACCUAUAUAUUUUAAGAACAAAAUGCUAUUUUGUUAACGAGCAAACCAAGUCUUUUUUACUUUAUGAAUUAGGUGAAUAUAGUGUGGUAUUCAAAGUGAUUGGUGGUAAACAAAAUAUUAUGGCUGUUUUUAGGAUGGUAUUUGAGCAUCAAGCUAACCCAUUCAUAACUUCUGGGGGAAGGAAAAUGGGUUACCUUGUGCCAUUAAAACGAUGGAGAACUUAAGGACGUGGGGGAGGUAGCACUGGAAUGAAAACACAUAGAACAACCUGACCCACACGUUUCCAUCCUGAAGGCAAUUCAGAAAUUUUUUUCCUACUUUUUGUCUUGUGAUGUGGAUAGUCUAAUCUAAAAGCCUGACAAAUAGCAGCUCAUUUGUAAAAGGAGCAAUAAAUUUUAAAUAUGGUGAGAGUACUCACCAAGAUGAGCAGAGCAAGAGAAUGAAAUCAGACUGGCAAGUGUUUUAUUUCAUCUCAGGGAGAGAUUUCAAGUCACUUGGGAAUCUAAAUCAGAAAUAUUUCAAGAGGCUGGUUUCAUUUAUCUUGUCUCUGACUUGGCUACUACAAUUUUCAGCAGGCACACAAGCCCUUCAAGUUCACGCAGAACUGAAGCACUGCCAGGACUUGCCCAAUGGGAGGGUGCGUGGAUAGGCGUGGGAAUCUCAAGCACUGAUUUCCUUUCCGAGUUCAGUUACACUCUGCCCACAGCUGGUCAUUCAUCAUUUGGGGAAAAAAGAGCACAAUGACACUAUUAGCAAUACACUAAAUAUUGGCAAAGGUUACUGGACGCAGACUGGGGUGUGGGUGUGGGUGUAUGGUACACUAGAAAAGGAUUCCCUGUUAUUUGAACACAUCGUGGAAGUGCUACAAGGAUGUUUGAUUACUGACCAUUAACUGCAACUGCCAGCUUGGAAGUCACAAGAGCCAAAAGAGAUUUUGGCUUUCACUUUUGCUUAUACAGGUACAUAAACAAACUUCUGAAUGCCUGCCAAGAAGAUACAAGGGAUAGAUUUUACAAGGAUACACACUGUUUUAUGCAACACAGCAACAAAAUUAACUUCUAGUGUAGUGUUCCUACCUCAGUCUGUAGUAAACAAUGCUUCUAUGCAGUGAGUGAAAAGUCUUAAUUUUAACAUUCUCCAUCCCAGAUAACGAUGCAGUAUUUAUUUCAUGUUUUAAUUGUUGGUAUUGUUGAUCAUGCCACACACCUGUCCUGUUAUCUGUAACUAUUUUGUACAAUGGACAUUUUCAUUUUCAAAGUGGACAACUUAUGAAUACUGAUGGUGGCUUUAGAUAGUUAUUUUACUUUUUAAAAAAUUCUGGCCACAAUCCUAGAGUUAAGGUCUCCCGUGCACUUUCAUUUCUCUGGGGCUUGCACUGCAGAACCUCUUCCUAAUGGAUUGUGUCUCGUUUUUGCCAAAUGUUUUAUCCUGAAAACUUUCCAGCUGGCAACUGAAAAAAAGUCAUUUUUCCUGUUUUGCCCCAUGUUACGUUUCAUGUUUCACUUACUACUAAGUUGUUCCUGGUCUCAUUUGUAUAAACUGUGGUGGUUUCCAUAGGUUGCUGUAUCAGAGGAAACAAACUCUUAAUAAGGACUAGCGUACUGCAUAUUUAAAAGCAGUAGAAAGUAAGUUACCUGAAAAUGUGAAUUUUAGUUUUCAUAACAAUAUAGACGUUAACCUUUCAUGUGCCAAAUGCUGUGUUACAUUUUCCCUUCAAAAUAAUGUACCUUUUUCUACAUAUUCAACAUGUAGUUAGCAUAAAUCAUUGGUGCCAUAUAGAAGUAUUUUUAAAUUUAAAUAAAUAUUUAAUUAUGAUGAAAA